AUGUCGGCCAGCAAGGCAGCGCAGAAGCGGGCACGUCGGGAUUCCGGACUGUUUCUCUUGACUCGCGAAUACAAGACCAUCGCCGAGAACCCACCCCCAUACAUCGAGGCGCAUCCCUCCGAAUCCAACAUUCUCGAAUGGCACUACAUCAUCACAGGCCCCGAAGACACACCCUACCACGGCGGCCAGUACUGGGGUACCCUCAUGUUCCCGCCGACAUACCCCUUCGCCCCGCCGGCCAUCCGCAUGCACACGCCCUCCGGCCGCUUCCAGCCAUCGACCCGCCUCUGCCUCUCCAUCUCUGACUUCCACCCCAAGUCCUUCAACCCGGCCUGGGAAGUCUCGACCAUCCUCAUCGGCCUGCUGUCGUUCAUGACCUCGGAGGAGAUGACGACGGGCUCCGUCUCGAGCACAGCCGCCGAGCGCCGCGCGCUGACGGCCCGGUCACGGUGGUGGAACUCGACGGGCGGCGGGUCGCACGCCCGCGCCAACCCGGCCGGCAAGGGCAACGUCAAGGCAGGCGACGCCGGGGCCAAGUUCCGCGCCGAGUGGCCCGAGGUCGACGCCAAGAACUGGGACACGAUGAGGGAGCAAAAGGUCGACAUGGCCACGGGCCACGUGCCGACGGCGGCGGGCGGCGCGAGCUGUCGGCCGCCGCAGCUGGGCAUCGGCGCUCACGGGGGCGGCGGCGGCGGCGGCGGCGCCAACAGCGCGCAUCAGGGGCGCGCCGUCGUCGAUGCCGUCGUGCAGCAGCGGGAUGCCGGCACGGGGUGGCUGCAUCGGAACAAGCUGCUCGUGGCGGGGGCCGUCGUGUUCCUGUAUGUGCUGCUCGCGAGGGUGCUCGGCAACGGCGAGUAG